AUGGCGACUAUCCUUGCACCAUACAACACUGCCAUGCAGCUUGGCUCUGGCUUCAACUCUUUCACUCAGCAGCUCUGCAUCAACAACGCUGUUGUCAAAGAACGUAGUGGAGAUGUAUCUGAGAAAUCUAAGCCUCCAGGCCAAGCGCAGGCCGUCACUUACAAGACCUCGGUCAUCGACAAGGUCACCGAUGUCAUCAAUGCAAUGAAUAUAAAUGCAGCGUUCUCCAUCAAGUACGACACGUUCGACGCCACGGGAAAAGGGGACUUCAUCAACACCUCAAAGGUGAAAGAGAGUGACAUCAGCUUCAUGAUAUCCGUCAAAGUUGUCAAUCAGGUGAUCUACGAUCAUUCUCUUACCAAGUUUGACCCCAUCCCUGAGGUCAAAGCAGAGAACUUCUCUGAAGUCUAUGGUGACAGCUACAUCUCUGGCUUUCAGGAGGGCGGCGAGUUCACCGCUGUUAUUUCUAUCAAGGCCAAGGAUCGCCAGAAGGCGGCCAGUAUCAAAGCCAAUGCGGCCAUUCAGUUUACCAAGGAGAAGCUAGAGCUGGACGCAGAUGGUGAGUUUGGGAAAGACGACAGAGAUUUUCUCGAGGAAAAUGAGACGACUGUGUCAGUAACGUGGUCAGGAGGUGGUCAAGAAUUGAAAAAACCGGAAGAAGAUUGGACUCUGGAAACUAUGAGAGCGGCCGCUCUCAAGUUCCCUGACUUGGUCGCUCGAACCCCGAUGCGAACGCAUGCUAUUCUCACCAAGUACUCAGCUUUGCGAACAUUCCAGACGGCAUUAAAAGCUGGACAGAGCAUUCAUAGCCUCAUUCCCAGCUUUGAGAAAGCCGGAGUCUACACGACUGUCCUCCAGGAGGCUUAUCUCGACUUCAAGACGAUUGCUAAGAACCUCCAAGUCCUUGCUUUCAAUGUAAGUGCAGGACUAGAGGUUCUUGUGGAAUCCCCAGCCGCCCGCCAGCAGCGAGAUCGAAAUGCGAGUACCAACAAUGAGGGCAAAAGUGACGGUGCGGAUUCAGAUGAUGAAGCAUCGCUUAUUGCUAUCGUCAGAGAUCCCAGUCGCGCCUCUAAGCCGUACGAUCCCACUCCUGCGGGGCUCGAGACAGCCCGUCAGGACGUUCGAUUCAUGUUGAAUCGCAUCGUAUCCGAAGUCGACAUCAUCAGUCGAAAGCCUGAACUUGCGAUUGAUGAAACACGAUCUCCCCCAUAUCUGGCUCCCUUCCUGUUUAAGGAGUUACUGCCAUUGGCCAGGCCGGUGCACAAAGACACUGAUACCAUCGAACAACCGAGCAAUCCAAUUUUGCAAACUGGAUUCCAAGAUUUUUCUGAUAAGGCGGGAACUACGGUUAGGUUCUAG